AAUAAUUGUAACGUUGAAGCUAAUUUCAUUCGAUUAUGUUUUUUUGCUCUGUUUCUUUUGUUAUUUCCAAAACAUAAUCAAGCAUUGGUUUUUGUUCUGAGAUUCGAUCAUGGAUGAGUAAAUUAUUAAAUGUUUUUAGAAAAUUUUGAUGGGUUUUGAAGAUUAUGAGUUAUUGAUUAGUAAAGUUGGAUUCUUUUUGUGAUUUUUUUUUUCUCAGAUCUAAACAGUCCCCAAAAGUGUACUAUGCCAACAACCCCCAGAGGAUCGUCGCCGUCUUCUGAUUCCUCCACCACCAGUGUCCACGUGAUGGCGCUAAACGGGCUGGUGAACAUGAACUUGCUAUUUACGAUCGCUGUCUCCUUCUUCCUUUUCUCCUCGCUUGUCGCCCAAGGCCUAAAGCUCGCCGCCAUCAAUUUGCUCAACAGCAAAGAUGUGGAUAAAGUGUUCCGGGCCACCAUUAACCAAAACGUGUUAAGGCUCAGGAUGAUGGGAUCCGCCAUGGGGUCGGUGAUGGGGUGGAGUUUCUUAGUUCUCUUGAUGGUGCACGUCAUCAAGAUCCAGUUGGGUAUGCUGUCGUGUGGGAGCAAGCCAGCAAUUCAUGUCGUCGGAGCUCCGGUCCUUCUGGUUUCCUCUGCUCUCAUGGUUUGUAUUUCCACUGCUUUUUAUGCUUUCAUGCACUGAGAAAACUGAGUGGCACUCAUCCAUAAAUUAAUUGUACUUCCACUUCCAUAAAAUUGUAAAUUUGUUUAUGGUUUUUGUGUUUUUUUUUUUUUCAAAUUGAGCUUCUUAAUCAUAAAGGUUAAAAAAUACU